AUGGCUGCCCCUAUAGAAGUAUGGGAAGAAAUGAUUGGCCAGCCGUGUACUAUGGCAAAUGUUCUCCAGAUGCAUAAUCAAAGGCCAGAUAUUCCAAAUGUAAGAGUAUAUCCAUGGGACUACCCCUCAUCACCAAUCCCACCAGGAGGGGCAAAACUUGUUGUCUACUACAAGCACGACGAAAACAAUCAAGAUACCAUUUGUUGGCCGGCUCCGCAAAUUAUGUAUGGCAAUAAUGCCCUGGCUCCGGCUCCGGCUCCGACUAUUGGCUAG